AUACAUUUUAUUUCAUUGUUUGAUUCUAUUUUCUCCCUAGACAGCAUCGCUAGGGUGCUGUGUAGGAUGAGUAGUGAGAGUAGAGAGGAGAGGUCCCGGCAGGGCCUUGAGGCCAGUUCCUCACACGAGGAGCUCCUCAGGGCUCACUACCGGGUGCUGAGAACCAUCGGCGAGGGGGGCUUUGCCUCAGUCUAUCUGGCCAAGCACCUGCCUACAGACAGCCUGGUCGCCGUGAAAACGAUCAGCAAGGAGAACUGCCCAUCUGUUGACACAGAACUGGACAUCUUAAAGUCUGUGGAGCACCCUAACAUCAUCAAACUGUACCAGGUGGUGGAGGCAGAGCAGCGGGUGAACUUGGUGAUGGAGUACCUCGAGGAAGGAGACCUAGCAGACUAUGUGUACAAGGUGGUCAGACUGAGGGAGGAGGAGGCCAGGCUUCUGUUUAGGCAGAUCGUGAGGGCGGUCAAUUAUUGCCACGACCAGGGCAUCGUUCACCGCGACAUUAAAGCAGAAAACAUCCUGCUGGACAGCCAGGGCACAGCUAAGCUAUGCGACUUUGGUCUCAGUAUGCGGUUCCAGCCCCAGCAGGAGCUGGACGGGUGGUGCGGGACAAUGGCUUAUUGCCCCCCCGAAAUGAUUAAGCAGCAGAAAUACCAGGGUCCCAAGGUGGACGUCUGGAGUUUGGGGAUACUACUCUACUUCAUGGUCAUGGGCGACAUCCCUUUUGAUGACAGGUCCUGGCGCGUCCUAAAACAGCAAGUGUUAGCGGGCAGGUGUCUAAUAUUCAAAAGCUUUUCCACCGAACUGCAACAUAUCUUAAGGUAUCUGAUGACACCUGACCCUCAAAAGAGACCUGCUGUGAGGCAAGUGUUGUGCCACCCUUGGUUAAAGGCAACACAGGCACGCUCACCACGCCCCAGCCAGAGUGCCCUGGCCGAGCCAGAUCCGGCCAUUCUAAACGUCAUGGCCUAUUUCCUGGGUUUUGACCCAGACCAGGUUGGGGCAGCCCUGUCUGCCUCCAUGGCAACCUAUAAAAUCUUAAAGCAGCAGCAAGACCAGGGCCAAGACCUGACGGGCCUGGUGAGGCAUGCACUGCCUGCGCCUCCGCCUUGCCCCUCCCCCGUAUGCAGGACCGGCCAGGCUCUACACUUGAAGCAAGCCAGUGCUCCCUUGGGCCACCUGGCUGUAGGCCUGCCUGCUGAGCAGCAGCAGGGGAGUGGUGGCAGGAAAGGCAGGAGAUCCGUGUGCCUACCCUGCCUCCCUUGGAGACCCCAUAUUUCCAACACAGAGGGCAAGACUGUGAGCAGCAAGGCUGCCCUGGUACCAGCAGCUGCAGCAGCAGCAGCAGCCGAAGUAGCACUCCCCAUGGCCAAACACAAUGAAAUGACCAGCUCGGCCCCUGAGCAGGAGAGGCAGCGGGAAGGACCAAGCUGGGGAGGAGGAGAGCAGCAAGCUGCCCCCAAGUCCUGCACCUGCCAGAACUUCCCUACCAUCCGCUCAACCCACAACAUCCACAACAAAUGA